AUGGAACAAGCUUUGACGCGCAGAGCUGGAAGGCCAUAUGACAUAAUCGUCUGGGGAGCUACUGGUUUCACUGGACAGCUCGUUGCUGAAUACUUGGCAAGAUCUGGACCUGCCGAUUUACGAUGGGGAAUAGCUGGCCGUUCAGCCAAGAAACUGGAAGAAAUCAAACAAAUGGUCGAAUCAAUUCGCAAAUUCUCCAAAUUCCAGGUCUUUGUCGCCGACUCGGAUGACAAGGCAUCACUCGAUGCAUUUGUAGCUCAAACUCGUGUAGUCUUGACAACCGUCGGACCAUUCAUGAAGUACGGAAUGAAACUCGUCGAAUCAUGUGUAAACAACCAAACACACUAUAUCGACUCGACUGGCGAAUCGCCGUUUGUCAAGAAGGCUAUUGACUUGUAUGGCGAGAAGGCCAAAGCUGAGGGAACUAUAUUGGUGCCUAUGAGUGGAUUCGAUAGUGUACCUGCAGAUCUGGGCUCUUUCUUGGUUGCUCAGCAUUUCAAGGUCAAGCAUGGAAAGAAAACGGCACAAGUUGCUGCUUCAGUUGUUAAGAUGUCUGGUGGUAUCUCGGGCGGUACUCUUGCGUCUAUGAUCAAUAUCAUUAAUAGUGGUGAAAUGGGAUCCGCAGCAGGUCCGUAUGCGCUGACCCCAAAAGAGUACAUUCCUGCUGAUCCAAAAGCCGCACCUGGUCCAACCAUAUUGAAAUACGAUCCAAUCAUCAAAAUGUGGCGAUGUCUGUGGCUUAUGGAAGCUGUCAACACUCAAGUCGUCAUGCGAUCAAAUGGUCUUUUUGGCAACCAAUAUGGAAGCAAGUUCAAAUACUCUGAAGCUAUGGGACGCAAAAGUAUCUUCUCUGCAAUUGCAAUCAACGUUUCGAUGGGUGUGGCAAUUAUCUCCGUUUUGAUUCCCGUGGUACGAUGGUUCUUGGCAUAUAUGAUUCCUCCAGGAACUGGUCCUACUCGAAAGCAAAUUGAAAAUGGUUCAAUCCAUAUGGUCUUUACUGGAGUCUCUGAAACUGCUUCUACUGAGGAAAAGCCUCUUCAAGCUAUAGCAGAAAUCAAGUUCUACAAAGAUCCUGGUUAUGGUGAAACUGCGAAGAUGCUGGCUGAAUCAGCAUUGAGUGUCCUUGAUCGUGAGAAAAUGAACAAGUUGCCGGACGGUGCCUUUAAACCUGUUCCUGCGGGUUUCUUGACUCCUGCUACAGCUUUUGGCAAUAUCUUGAUUGAUCGAUUGAUAAAAUCAAACUGGAGUGUGACUGUUCGUGACGCUUGA